AUGAGUGAUGUGAACAGUGAUAAAGGGCAAGGGGAAAUUAAACCUGAUGGCCUUCAAGAAACUGCCAAGCUGAUUCCCAAAGUGGCUGCACCAAUUUACACUCCCACCGGCUCCUCUACACCAUCAACCCUUGCCAGACAUGAUGUACCAGGUAAAAGGAACUACUAUAACUCCGAAGAGGAAACCCAAAAUGAGUAUAAUUAUUCUCACUGGUAUGGCAUAUCCUCCCAGAAAAGAUCUUGGCCAGUAUGGAUAGUGAUCCUUAUUUUUCUUGGAGUGACAGCAGUCUUGGAAGUAACUAUUCUUGUUCAUUUUCUGGCAGUUAGAAAGAUUUUCAAUUACCAAGGUGAUUUUCAUAUUUCUGGAGUUACAUACAAUGAUAGCUGUGAGAAUGGAGCUUCACAAGUCAGCACAGAUAUGAGCAAAAAUAUAGAGACUAAGAUGUCUGAUGCUUUUCAAAAUUCUAGUAUAUAUAAGGAAUAUAUCAACUCUCAGGUCAUCAAAAUUCUUCCUGAUCGCAAUGGCUCAAAUGUACAGUUGCAGCUGACAUUCAAAUUUCCUCCAGCAAAGAGGAAUAGCAUGAAGACUGAAAUUGAAGCUACCUCAUAUCACAUAUUGAAAGACAACGUGGCAUCCUGGCAUGCAGUCCCUAAUUCCAUUAGACUCAUAGAAAUUAACAAAGCUAAUGUUGAAAUACUUACCAACAACUGUUGUGGAAGACCAACCAACAGUAUCACAGCAGACAACUGAAUUGUGAAUGGGAAGAAUGCUCUGGUGGGGGCAUGGCCAUGGCAAAGCAGCAUGCAAUGGAAAGGUCAACACAAUUGUGUGGCAUCUCUUAUCAGCAGCUGGUGGCUAUUAUUGGCAGUUCACUGCUUUGCUGAGAAAAAUAAUUCAGACGAUCGGACUGUCAGUUUUGGAACUGUAGUAAAUAAAGCAUAUAUAACACAGAAAGUCCAAAACAUUAUUUUUCAUGAAAAUUAUAGCACAGCUGGGGUUUAUAAUGAUAUUGCCCUCAUGCAGCUUGCUGAAGAAGUCUUUUUCACAAAGUACAUUUGUAGGAUUUGUCUUCCUGAAGCCAAAAUGAAGCUCUCAGAAAAUGCCAGUGUUGUAGUUAUAGGAUGGGGAACACUUUAUGUGAACGGUCCCCUUCCAGUGAUACUUCAACAAGCCUCUGUGAAGAUUAUUGACAACAAAGUUUGCAAUGCUCCACAUGCAUUAUCUGGCUCCAUGACUGACAAAAUGCUAUGUGCUGGAUUUAUGUCAGGAAAAGCUAAUGCAUGUCAGAUUCCGCAUAAGUGA